CUUGUACCAUUAACCCCCAAAACCUAUUUAGACUUUACAACCUGAAACUAUAAUAUUUGACUAAUCCAUUCAAAGACAAAACACACGCAGGUCUAGUCCAACACACAAUGGCCCGGUCCGUUGAACCACUGGUUGUCGGCAGAGUGAUCGGAGAUGUGCUCGACAUGUUCACUCCGGCAUCGGAGUUCACUGUACGGUAUGGCACCAAGCAGGUCACCAAUGGCUGUGACAUCAAGCCAUCUGCUGCUGCUGAUAAACCUCAUGUCCAAAUUCUCGGCCAUCCCUUCUCUUCCAAUUUAUACACUCUCGUUAUGGUUGAUCCAGAUGCCCCAAGUCCAAGUGAACCAAGAUUGAGGGAGUGGCUCCAUUGGAUUGUUGUAGAUAUUCCAGAGGGACAAGAUGCUACCAAAGGAAGAGAGUUGGUGGCUUACAUGGGACCCCAGCCUCCCACAGGGAUUCACCGUUAUAUAUUGGCACUCUUUAAGCAGGAAGGAGCAAUGGAAGGAAGGAUUCAAGUGGCGGAUGCUCGUGCCAACUUCAGUACUCGCCGAUUCGCUGCUCAAAACAGGCUGGGGCUUCCGGUUGCUGCAGUGUAUUUCAAUUCUCAAAAGGAACCAGCAGCUAAGAAACGUUAGCUCAUAGCUUACAGUGCAUUAUUUGAUGGAUUACAGAAACUGGAGAAAUAUUUUCCCAUUAAUUUGAAAAUGGAAGUCCCAGUUUUAGUAUAGAAAUGGUUACCUAGUUUCAAUUUUCAACUAGAAAGAAAAAAAGGGUGAUCAAGCAUGGUAACAAGGGAAGUUCCUCUUUCAUUCAACUGAUACCAACAAUUCACAAUGUAGCAGGGCAGGAAUUAGCAAAACCUUAC